CGCUUUUACCUUUAAAAUCAACCGUACGUACUUCUUAAUUUCCAGUCAUUUCUUGCUAGAAGUAUGUCGAAGAAAGUAGCCGUGGUGACGGGUUCUAACAAGGGAAUAGGGUAUGCCGUUGUUCGGGGUCUCUGUAAGAAGUUUGAUGGAGAUGUGUAUCUCACUGCCAGGAAUGAGGAACUGGGUAAGCAGGCCGUCAAAAGCUUAAACUCAGAAGGACUAUCUCCAAAGUUCCAUCAACUUGACAUCAACGACCAAGCCAGCAUUAAUCGUCUGAGAGAUUUUCUCAGAACCACUUACGGAGGUUUAGACAUACUUGUCAACAAUGCUGGUAUCGCGUACAAGCAAUCUUCAACCGCCCCGUUUGCUGAACAAACAGAGGUUACCAUAAAAACGAAUUACUUUGGAACCCUUGCUGUCUGUGAAGCUUUGUUUCCUCUUUUAAGACCGCACGCAAGAGUUGUAAACGUAUCAAGUAUGGCCAGUGCUGCGAUCAAAAAAUGUAGUAAGGAAAUUCAAUCCAAAUUCCGCAAUCCCCAACUAACAGUUGAAGAAUUGACGGCCCUGAUGAAUGAUUUUAUUCAAGCAGCAAAGAACGGAAAUCAUGAAAGCAAAGGAUAUCCAAGUAGCGCUUACGGCAUGUCCAAGGUUGGGGUUACGGUACUCUCUGAAAUUCAGAAUCGUCAACUUUCAGCAGACCCACGGGAAGACAUCAUCGUUAAUGCCUGUUGCCCCGGUUAUGUUGAUACAGAUAUGACAUCACACAAAGGUCAUAAAACUAUCGAUCAAGGUGCUGAUACGCCUUUGUAUUUGGCCUUACUUCCACCAGGAACCAAGAGCCCAUCCGGGAAUUUUGUGUCAGAAAGGAACAUUAAGAACUGGAGUGAAUAGUAAUUGAUCGAACUAUCACAUAUACAACUCUGAGUUAUUAUAAUUGAACUUUUUCCAUAUACAUGUAUUUUUAGUUGAUUUACUCUAU